AUGCACAAGAAGAAGGGCAAGUGUGCGUCGAAGCACAAGGCUCAGGACUCGAACGGCGGCGCUCUCGGUCAAGCUAGCGGCAGUGUGCCACCUGUCAACCACGAUGGUGGUGGUGUUGGCUCUCCUUCCGUAGGCGCGCCUUCUGAUCAAAUAGAUGCUGACCAGGGAUCGCAGCCGAAGGGCUACUCAGCUGAUCAGCAGCCUGGUGCUGCUGCUGGUGCUGCUGCUGCUGGAAUUCCACCUGUCUCCGGAAGCGAUGGUAGCGAUAACCCAAACACCUCGUCUAAGCCCGGCGACGUUUCCGCUGGUGGUAGCAGCAAGCCUGCUCCUGGCAGUGCAUCAUGGGGCUCCGAAGGCAACUCCAACACCCCCCAAUCAGGCUCUCAGCAAGGCCACCCCAGCCCCGGCAGCACCACCCAGCCCGAAGGCUACGCCCCGAGCUCCUCACCCUCCUCCAACGCCCAAGGCUCCGGCAUUUCAUGCAAAGGCGUCCGCGGGAGCACCACGCUCCCCACCACCUCCACCACCAACCCCUCCUGGUUCAACCCCUCGCUCAUCCACCACGGUCCCGGAACCCAAUUCGGCGGCGCUGGACUCUGGCAAGGAGGAGCAUGCAUGUUCGACUCUCUACCUCACCACAACCUGCCCUUUGUCGCCAUGGAUCAGUCCUUCUUCCAAGACGGACUUGCCUGCGGGACCUGUGUCGAGAUCGCCUCCACCUCUGCCUCUCUCUUCGAGAACCGCGAGUGGUCGGUCGAACAGCCUUCGCGUGGAACGCUACCCGUUGGCAAAAAGACCGUUGCCAUCGUCAGCGACCUCUGCCCUGGCGUAAAUCAGUGCUACUCCGGUCUCGACAUGCACCUCGAUGCGUGGAACAGCGUCACCAACAAUGCCGCUGGUAGCAAGCUUCCGAUCACCUGGAAGUUUGUCAACUGCAAAGACGCGUUCGAACGCAGCAACAGUGGGAUCAGCAAGCUCCAGGUUCACUGGAGGGAAGGUGCCAGCCCGGGCUUCUUCCAGGUUCAGAUCAGGGGUAAUCAUGAGGCCGUGGUCAGGGUCGAGAUGAAGUUCGCUGGAAACGGGUGGAUGGAAGCGGGUCAUGUAGACAGCUCGUAUUGGAAGUGGGAUCUGAAGGAUGCUACCAGGCAGUUCGAUCAGAGCUCGACGAUGGUCACGUUCCGGCUGACGGAUUGGCAGGGAGAGACGAUCGCUUCCGAGGUAGGGACGAAGAUGGGACGGGAUCUCUUCUUUGAUGCCAACUUUGAUCGUAUCAGCUCCGAGUGA